AUGGUUCGUGCGGGUAAGACAUCAAAAAGUAACGUUACAGAGGGAUCAUCUCCACCCCAAGACACCAGCUCUGCAGAUGCCUCCCCUACCAGCAACCUAAACUUCCCAACACCUUCUUCCCCACAAUCAAGAAACAAAGUCUCCGCGGCCAACAAGAAAAGAAAGCGUGUGAGCGAAACGAUGGAGGGGUCCAUAAGUGCGUCAAAGGACCUUAGGGAUAAGAAGCGGAAAGUUAAAGAGGAGGAGGGCGAAUGCGCCAACGCAGAUCAAGAUGAAUCGGCCUCUGAACUAGGCGAGGAUGAUGCAUUGGAUUCAACUAGCCCGUCCCUGGCACCGUAUGACGCCCGACGGGUUCUCGAAGUGCUCGAAGUCGUAGACCCCUCCGGGUUACUGGAUGUCGAGAGUAUAUCGCGGGGUAUGACAAGUACGUUGCGCAAGCUGUUGGAAGAGCCUUCGUCCGUCUCCCUCCGUGCACUUUUGGAUCGCAUCCGGCAUGAAGCACCUGUCCCUGAUUCUCGAACUUGGCCUGUUAGACCUGCUGUGGUCAAGUUCUUCCGGCUUGCUCAGAUGCUGCUCCAGGAUAUUGCUCAGAGAUCGUCUGCCGUGAAGUUUCUCGACGAUGCGGUGAUAUCACCAAAAGACGAUGAACCAGAUGAGGACACAAAGACUACGGCCACCAAAAGUGAGAACAAGACCGAGGAAUCCCUGCAAUAUCGCGAGAAGCACAUUCAGUAUGCGCUGCAUCAGCACCUUCCUACUGGCGAUUUUUUCACUUCUGCGACCGUCCUUACUAAGAAGGAAAUUACUUUGCUGGCAAAAGGUCAAGCGUCUCUAACUGCCGUCCUCCCCACUGUUCCCGUGCUGCCCCCCAGCCUUCCUAAGCUUGGUGACUACGCCCCAGGAGUAGCGAAUCACCCUCGUCGCCCGUAUUCACUCCGCAAGGCGCCUGUCCCCAUCUCUUCCGCCUCAUUCCUCGACUACGGACCAUUCGCUUCCCUCGCCCCCGCCUUCGACUCCGAUGGCGGCCAAAUCGGACGAGAUACUCUCGGGCUAGUGCUAGAAAUGAAAGGGGCUAGGAAAGCUAGGCGGUUGGGGGCAGUGAGGAGGCAGGUGGAACUGGCGAACCUGAAGGAGAAGCCUUUGCCUUCAAUUGAACCAUUCCCUCAUGUCCAGGAACUGUCCGCGCUUGGCUUGGAGGAUCGAUCGACUCGCAAACUGGUGUAUGAGUGCAAAUCGACGAAAGCAGAGUUAAGGGGACUGGCGAGGGAGAUGCUCCCUGAGGACGUCGUGGAAGACUUCUUGAUAAGCGUAGAUCAAAUGGAACUAGAGAGAGGUGUUGGGGAGUUGCUGAUAAGGAUUUCCAAUGCCUUGGGAGAUUUGCAAGUAUUGCAGGAAAGGAGACUCAGGGCUGGGGCCCCUGGUAAGGAGGUUCCAGUCGAGAUCGAUGGAGAGGAAUGGCAUCUUGCACGCCAAAUUCUGUCAUCUCUGACAACCAUCGCUUCGCUCCGCCCGCGUGCCUCCACGUCCUCCCUCUAUUCCAUUAUACCACCGCCUAAUGUCUUGCACACAAUUCACAAAACUCUUCCUCGCGAACCAGUGCCAGGAUACAAAGGCACUCUUUUAAUCAACCGUGAUUAUGCCCUCAUCGACAACACAACUAUCCGAUCCUCCGCCCUCCCCGUCCCACCUCCCAUCACGGGCUCCACAUCCAACCCAACUCAAACCUUGCCCCCGACACCGGCGACGAUGCAGGGUGGAUUUCCUGCAGCAGGAGCAAAUCGGGCGCCAACCCAACUCGCCUACUCCUACCACCGCCCUGCUGCUGCCACUGCUAACGCCCAAACCCCCCAUGCCCAAGGAGGAACAACAAUGCAGUACUACCGUCAAGGGUAUUAUUCGCCUCAUUACAGCCAGAGCGGGUACUAUGGCUAUGCGGGAUACGCCACUACAACAGGCGCUGUCAGUGCAACGCCGCACUAUACCCCACCCCCUAAUGCCACUGCAGGGGGAAGAGCGCUCCCGAAUUUAGCUACAAAGUCAUUGAGUGGCUGGGGUUAUGCAUCAAGCAGCCCGGCACCCUCUGGCGGGGCUUCCGGAGGGGCCACAGCUGUUGGUACCGGAGGGGUCCUCCCCAGUGCUACAGCUUUGCCUGUUCAUAUGAGGAGGAUCAAUGGGACGGCAACACCUGGAAGUCAAACACCUGGGACGCCGGGGAGUCCUGCUACAGGUAGUUAUGUAUGGAACUCCAAUAUCUCUAUGCCGACUACGCCUUCAUCACAGCAGGGCGUCGGGGCGGCUUAA